AUGUCAACUUGGCAAGUGUACGACUUUUUUAAUCCAAGCCCGUCAUCUUCCUCCAAUGCCCAUCGUCGAGCACUCAUUCUUCUCAAUCAACCUCUAUGCAAUAUGAUGUAUUUUGAAACUCUAUGGCAAAAUGUGAGUGUACGGAUAUGUGCGGAUGGUGGAGCCAACAGACUAUAUGAUACUCUGGGCACUGAUGAGCUUCGAAAAAGAUAUCUUCCUGAUUGUAUAUGCGGUGAUCUCGAUUCGCUCCGUCCUCAAGUUCGCCAGUUUUAUCAAUCCAUGAAUGUAGAGAUUCUACACAAACCAUCGCAGUAUGCUACUGAUUUUCAAAAAUGCAUUGAUUACUUGAAGGAGAACCAUGAAACAUCUGAAAAAGAUAUGAAAGAUAUUCUUGCAUUCGGCACACUUAGCGGUCGAUUAGAUCAAACAAUAUCCGGCAUGUCUACCUUAUUUCAUCAACAUCCGCUUCGUAAACUAUAUCUAGGUUCAAAUCACUCGUUGGCAACUUUAAUCCGACCUGCCAGUACAUAUGUGACUGCCAAUCAAAUCGUGGUUGAUUCAGACACACCUGUUAAUCGGAUUUACUCUGCAAAAGGAUUUGAAGGUCCGUGUUGUGGUAUUGGCUCGCUUGGAUCUGAUGCACGAGUCAUUUCUACUGGUCUCAAAUGGAAUUUAGACAGGUCGUUUGUACUAAAUAUCAAUAAAAUGUGGAGUUCAUCCAACGCAUUUGCCAAUGACGACACACCACAUCGACACGAAUGGAACAAGACUAUUGAUUCGAAUAGCCAGCCUAUUUCUUCUGUCAAAAAUGAUGUCGAGUAUAUGCUUGUUACCAUUGAUACUGAUCAGCCUGUACUAUGGACAACUGAAGUAGAUUUGGCUUGA